GAUAUUUUUAUAAGCUAAGAAUGAGUAUUUGACUUUAAUUCAUUAAUUUUCUAUUUGCCUGCACAAAGUAAUCAAAACAAGAUCCGCAGAAAAGAUUGACCCAUAUAGAUUCCCGCCAUAGGCCUUUUCAAGUGGCCAUAGAUAGUUGUUAAAAACAAAGAUUACAUUUAUUUUGGAUCUGAGCAAGUAGAUAAUACGAAGUUCUUCGUUACUUUUCGACUCUGCAGUCUUCGCCUUUAUCUCCAAUCUCUGUCUGCCGAACACCUUGCCCAAAAAUUAACUGAACUGUCAAAUGAUAACUGCCUACGCAUUCACAUGUUUCGCGCAGUCGUUUUGCAGUAAUAACCCCGUCGACUGACGGCCGCUUGACCAUUCGUCUGCCCACGCUGGAGCGGAUCGGUUCGUUCCCUUGCAAACUGCAGGCAGGCUCAUCUGAAUCCAAGUCUAGCUAGUGCGAAUCUAACGAGUGCCCGCUAAUUAAUCACCCACAACGUGUAAUUCAAAUAAAAACUCCCACCGAUUGUAAAGUGCCUUCCAGAUCUUGUCGGCAUGUGCGAUAAUGAAGAUGAUCUCUACCGGGAGCGCCUGCCAAAUGUUUGCGGAACGGUGGGCUCCAAGGCCCGGAGUUGCUGCAGCAUGCGAUCGGUUCACAGAUAUCUGCCCGUCACUUAUUGGCUGCCCAAAUACCAGUGGAACUUCCUGGCCAUGGAUUUGGUAGCGGGUCUAACCGUGGGUCUUACAGCGGUGCCACAGGCCAUAGCAUACGCUGCUGUGGCCAAUCUACCAGCUGCCUACGGACUUUACUCAGCCUUUAUGGGUGGAUUUGUGUACAUAUUUUUGGGAACCUGCAAGGACAUCACAGUGGGACCCACAGCCAUUAUGGCGCUAAUGGUGCGACCAUAUGUGGAUGGCAAUCCAGCGUAUGCGGUGCUCCUUUGCUUUCUGUCCGGCUGCAUUAUCACUAUUAUGGGUUUGCUCAAUCUCGGAGUGCUUAUGCGGUUUAUUUCUGUGCCGGUCACUACGGGAUUUACGAUGGCAGCAGCCAUAACUAUUGCCACCAGUCAGAUUAAUAGUCUCUUUGGCAUUAGCAGUAGUGCAAAUGGGUUCCUAAACUGCUGGAUUUACUUCUUUGGUCACAUAUCGGAAACACGUCGAAAUGAUGUCAUCCUCGGUUGCUGCACAUUGAUACUUUUGCUGCUGAUGAGGCAACUAAAAGACAUGCCUUUUGGGCCAAAGAUCAUGUGGAAGUAUAUUUCGAUUGCCCGAAAUGCUGUGGCCGUGUUUGUAGGAAUUCUUCUAUGCUAUCUUUUGAAAAAAGAUGGAAAACUGCCUUUCGUAGUCAGCGGCAGCAUCACUCCUGGCUUGCCGCCAUUUAAGGUGCCUCCCUUUCACACGGAAAACACAGAGACUGGAGUAGUCACUGACUUUGGUGGCAUGAUUUCGAAUAUUGGAAGUGCUUUGGCAUCCAUACCGCUACUUUCCAUUUUAGAGAGCAUAGCUGUGGCAAAGGCUUUCUCAAAGGGCAAGAUAUUGGACGCUUCGCAGGAGAUGAUUGCCCUAGGCAUGUGCAACAUCCUUAGCAGUUUCUUCUCGUCUAUGCCCAUCACGGGAUCUUUUACAAGGACAGCAAUUAACAAUGCGAGUGGGGUCAAGACUCCCCUAGGUGGAGCCGUUACCGGUGCCAUUGUCCUCUUGACCCUGGCCUUUCUCACCUCCACAUUUGCCUAUAUUCCCAAGGCCACUUUGGCAGCCAUUAUAAUAGCGGCCAUGCUCUUUAUGGUGGAGUACGAGACUAUUGGCGAGAUUUGGAGGGCAAAAAAGCGUGAUAUGCUACCUUUUCUGGUCACGUUGCUGACCUGCGUCUUUUGGACUUUGGAGUACGGCAUGGUGGUAGGCAUCGUUUUUAAUGCUCUCUUUUUGCUAUAUAAGAGCAUGAAGCCGCAAUUUAAUUUGGAGACCCAAAAGUUUAAUGGCAUCGAAGUAAUCAUAGCCGAUCUCAAGGGCAGUGUGGACUAUGCGGCAGCCGAGUACUUGAAGAUCACGAUUAUGUCUCACGUGACGGAUAGAAACAGGGAAGGUGCCACCCCCACCACAUUGGUGCUCAUUAAGGGACACGAGAUCGCCUCAAUUGAUACGACCGUGGCAUUGAACCUCAAAUCGCUGCACGAAGAUCUCGCUCUGCUGCAGUGUGAUAUGGUCUGCUGGAAUUGGAGCAUCCAGGCGGCGGGAGUGAUUUGCCGAAUGGAUAGGAAGCUGCGCAGUAUGUUCAAGUUCUCGAAAAGCUUUUCCGACCUAAUGCAAACAAUUACGAAUGGCGAGGCAGCCGUUUCGUGUAUUGAUGUUGACUUGAGUCAAUAAAGAACACUCUUUUGUCUUGUCAUACCUUUGUGCGUACAGAGAUGUCAGUGAUGGGAAAAAUUCGUUAAAAGUGCAAGAAACUAUUUAAUCAAUUUUUUUUUCUGCCCCUGAAUUUAUAAAAAAAU